CACAAAACUUGAUCUCACUUCGGCAUUCAUUUCAGUUCUUGUUCCUUUAUGAAAAUCUUCACAUGUCUCAAUUGUUGGCUUUCUUUUAUUGACCCAAUUCAUCUUUCCGUAAAAAGAUGGGUUCUUGAAACAUCUUUCUCAUAUAUAUUUGGAUCAAAUCCAAGAAUUUAAAUCUGGGUUGAAGAAGAGGGAUGAUGAUGAUGAUGACAAUGGAGGGGAUGAUGGAUAACGGCGUAUUGGAUGAUAUUAUAAGGAGGCUAUUGGAAGGGAAAGGAGGAAAACAAGUGCAGCUUUCAGAGGCAGAGAUCCGUCAACUUUGCGUCAACGCCCGCCAAAUCUUCCUUUCUCAGCCUAAUCUUCUUGAGGUUCGAGCCCCAAUUCACAUAUGCGGUGAUAUACAUGGACAAUACCAAGACCUACUGAAACUAUUUGAACAGGGGGGUUAUCCGCCUGCUGCGAACUACCUCUUUCUCGGAGAUUAUGUGGAUCGAGGCAAGCAAAGCUUGGAGACAAUAUGUUUACUUCUGGCCUACAAAAUAAAAUAUCCUGACAAAGUCUUCCUUUUAAGAGGGAACCAUGAAGAUGCAAAGAUUAACCGGAUAUAUGGAUUCUAUGAUGAGUGUAAAAGGCGGUUCAACGUUAGGCUUUGGAAAAUUUUUACAGACUGCUUUAAUUGUUUGCCUGUGUCUGCACUUAUUGAUGGGAAGAUACUUUGUAUGCAUGGUGGGCUCUCACCAGAGUUAGAAAACUUGGAUCAAAUAAAGGAACUUCCAAGGCCAACUGACAUUCCAGACAAUGGUCUUUUAUGUGAUUUGCUGUGGUCUGAUCCUGAUGCUAGGGUUGAUGGCUGGGCUGAGAGUGAUCGCGGUGUUUCCUGUACUUUUGGAGCAGAUAUAGUUAUUGACUUUUUAGACAAGAAUGACCUUGAUCUCGUUUGUCGGGGUCAUCAGGUGGUUGAGGAUGGCUAUGAAUUUUUUGCGAAACGAAGAUUAGUCACUAUAUUCUCAGCUCCGAACUAUGGAGGGGAGUUCGAUAAUGCUGGUGCUCUAAUGAGUGUUGAUGAAGCUCUACUGUGUUCCUUUGAAAUACUUAAAUCUAGUGCCGAUGAGGCCUCAAGUAGUCGUUUAAAUCUUAAGAAGCCACCUAAAGCCGGAAAGAACUGAUCAUUUUCGAGGUUUCUCACAGCUCUAAUAAGAGUAACUCGAUUAAUGGUUCGAACUCUUCUAGUGGAUGACCUUGCACGAUGCGGGAGAAGCUUGAUCAUAUUGAUUAACACAGGAGAAGCUGGAUCCUAUUGGAAAUUAUAGGAUAAGUCAGUUUCACGGUAGUUAUAUUGAAAUUUGUACAUCAGAACUGCAUAUGCUUGUGCAGGGAAGAGGUUCCUAGUUGUGACUUCUUUUGUUUCAACAUUUGAUAAUUUGAAUUUGAGGGUACAGAUUAAGAGUGAUUCCCUUUGCUUCCGUGGGAACGAGUCUUGUUCCCUCAAUCUCAGGUUGUGUUAGGUAUGUGUACUUGAUGCGCUACUUUAUGCGUAAUUGCAUCCCUUGUGAAUAAUUGUUGCAAUUAAGAUGGUCGUUAACUCAGGUAGUGGUCAAAUUUUAAUGAGAAGAAAAGAGAUGAGAUCACAUUAAUGUGCAGUGAAUUUG